AUGCCAGCGCCUACGGCAACAAAACGACGUAAAGCGACUACUGACAAGCUGGCACCACGGAAACGCGCGCCUGUCGCCUGCCAAUUUUGUCGACUUCGCAAGACGAGAUGUGACGGUGUCAAGCCUGUUUGUGGCUUCUGUAGACAUCACGAAGCACAAUGCGUCUGGGGCGUAGCAACCGAAGAAAUCGCGAGCACACCUGCUGAAAAGGAAAUACUUCAACGCCUGGAUGAGCUGAGAGACCUGUUGUCGGAUGCAAAAGAAACUACUUCGCCUGUAGCCGAACCCCAAUACAGUACCUCAAUACUACAAACACGAGAACGGCCAGCUACGCCCAUCACUGCAGCUUCGCAAAACACCACACUAGAUCCACUGGCGAAUCUAGCUUCACCCUUCACUCACACGCGUUGCGAGAACGUCCUGGCGUGGCCUAUCUUCCGCAGCGUGGUUGAUCCAAAUGAUGUCGCUGUCGAGUCAUUUGUUUUAGAGUGUGACAACUCCGUGGUGCUUGAAGAUGCCAUGCCAAUGUCACCCAAGACUUUCUCGAACGCUCCGGUCUCUGGCUUGAAUCUUCAGACUGAUCAAUUUUUACCGCUUUGCCAUAAGUUUUUGGACCACGUACAUCCUAGAAACCCGAUGCUUGAUGAGGAACAGCUUAUCGGAUACGCUAAGCAUGUUACUAAGUACGGCCUGGACUGGGACGGCCCUUCGUGUCUGGUCGUAUGUGGAUUAUCAUGUGCCAUGUUUUAA